CCAAACUGUGCACUGGAAAUCUCACUGUACCCCAACGUCAGCGAGAAGCGGAAUGGACCGGAAAGACAAUCGGUUGGAUGGCGGACCACAGCCAGAAGUCAAUCGUUCCCCGCCAGACGCCCAGGACGAAGACCCUGAAGAGGUUAGCGCUCUUCUCCAUGGCGAGGGGGACCUUCAGGACACCCGAUGUGGGAUUGGACCUUUCAAGCCCAAGUGGCUCCAGGCCUUUGCCCGGACAGAGGUAUAUCUCAUCGUAUACUGCAUAGCGGGCAUAGCACACGGUAUGUUCUUCACUUACACUGUAUCUGUCAUCUCUACCAUUGAGAAGAGAUUCAAACUCACAAGCAAGCAGACAGGUGUGAUCCUCACCGGCAACGACAUCUCGCAAGUGAUGCUGUCGCUGUUCCUGAGUUACUAUGGCAACUACGGGCAUCGUCCUCGCUGGAUGGCCGUGGGCGUGAUGUGCGCCGCGGGGUCGGGCUUCGGGGCGGCGCUCCCCCACUUCCUGUACGGGCCGGGGGAGGACGCCCUCGCGCUGGCCAGGGACGCCUCCUCCUCCUCCUCCAGCCUCGAGGGCGACAACCGCACCGAGACGCACGCGGCCGGAGAGCAAGAGCUGUGUUUCUCGCAUCCUGAGGAAAAUUGCGGCGAGGACGGGGGUGGUGGCGGAGCAUACAUGGGCGCCAUCAUACUCUUCUUCUGCUCUCAGUUCUUCGUCGGAAUCGCAGUUAGCAUAUUCUACAGCAUCGGCGUCACUUACUUGGACGAUAACAUCAACAAAAAGGCAUAUCCGGUAUAUUGCGCCCUCUCGUUCAUGCUGCGGAUCCUGGGGCCCGUCCUCGGCUUCUUCGUCGGAGGGAAGUGCCUGUCCACCUGGAUCGACCCGAAGGAGGUUCCUGCCCUCACCACGAAGGACCCGCGCUGGCUCGGCGCCUGGUGGAUAGCAGUUUCUGUUCGCUACCUGUUCAUCGGCUCCAGCCUGAUCUUCUCGGGUAGCCUCCUGUCCCUCUUCCCCCGCAAGCUGCCGGUGACGCUGCGGCGCGAGGCGAAGCGGGUCCUGCGGCAGACGGAGAAGGACCGCAAGGAGGGCGGCGACCGCGGCCUGCAGUACUUCGCUUCCCUCGCCAAGCAGUCCAAGGAAGCCCAGGAGAGGCCGACGCUCCCCAACCUCAAAAAGGCCUUAAAGCGACUCUUCACGAACAAGAUUUGGGUCGGCAACCUCUUCAACACAUCGGUGUUCGUGCUUGCAUCUUCUGGGUACUGGAGUUUUAAGCCCAAAUAUCUUGAAAACCAAUUUCGUAAAAGCUCUACCGAAGCCAACUACUUUACAGGAAUUAUAAGUCUGGUGUCCCUUGUCGUGGGAACAAGUAUAGGCGGCACAGUGUUAAGAUGGGCACAACCUGGACCAAGAUUUGUGACAGGCUACAACAUUUUCAUAACACUACUCAUCGUCUGCUGCUACAUCACACUCAUGUUCAUCGGUUGCCCCAAAUUGCAGAUCGUAGGGCCUGUGGAAGGCUCUCCGAUCCCCGCCUGCUCCUCGACCUGCGGCUGCUCGGCGAAGUACUCCCCCGUGUGCUCCGAGGACCAGACCACGCUCUUCUACUCCCCGUGCUACGCUGGCUGCACCGUCGCCAACGCCUCAGCGAGUCCCAUUACCUACACUAACUGCCGAUGUGUCACUAACUCCACAAUGCAGGAUGAUUAUGCUCCACAGAACACUACUGCUUUCGGAACGGUGACGAGCGGCUACUGCCCUGAGCCAUGUAGUACCUUCUUUUACUACAUCCUCCUCGAGUGCAUUGUGAAAACUGUCGCGUCUACAGGAAGAGUUGGCAACAGCCUCAUCAAUCUCAGAUCUGUGUCAGACGAAGACAAAGGUCUGGCUCUUGGUCUCCUCACCGUCUUCACCAGCCUCUUCGGAUUCAGUCCCGGACCUGUGAUAAUGGGCGCUAUCAUUGACUCCGCGUGCCUGGUGUGGGACACGUCGUGCGGAAAGACCGGCAACUGCUGGCUCUACGAUUCGGACAAGUUCAGGACCAUCAUACACCUCGUGCCUGCGGUCCUCGUGCUUGUGUCUGUGCUUGGGGACUUCGUCGUCUUCCACUACAGUCGGCGGAUGGACUUGUACGGCGAUAGAGAGGACCAAAUACAGCUGGAAAGAGCGCGUCGUGUGGUUGGGGAGAGCGCUGUCGUCUGCAAGAGCCAGAAUCUUGGUCCAGCUGUCGACACUUAGAACGGGAGGUUGUCGAAGUUUGGCUUUAAGAAUAGUUUUCUUUCUUUCUUUUAGUGUUAUUGUUUAUUGUUAUUAAUGUUGCUGUUUGUGAUGCUUUUGUUAUUACCAUAACUAUUA